GAUUGAAGUAGUGUAACAUAAUUAUUUCUUGCUAUAGUCUAUCCAAUAUUAUUUACCCCAAGAAAAUAUUAUAAUAUUUUUUUUUUUAAUGAAAUUUGAAAAUUUUUAUUCACCCAUUAACGGUCAAUGCGAGUGAAAGUUUUUUUUAAAAAACUUGUACCUUUUUUUUUCAAAAAUUAAGGCUAUGAAAAUUCCAAAAAAUACUACAAUCAUACUUCCGUUGUGAGUCAAACAUGGAAUUGCCAAUAAUGAGUAGUACAAUGUUCGAAAAUUAUCUGCUCUAGGAAAUCACGUUUUUAUCAUAUCCUCAGUUGCCGUCAGAACAUACUAUCUGCGCGUGCAAAACACUUUCCAAUAUUAUCUAAACACGUAUUUCUACACAUGCCAAAACACAAAGCGUGCUAAGCACGUUCCUUACAAUUACGUGCAAUUGAACCCAAAGUUCCAAAAAAAAUAAUGCAGAUAAUAAUAUUUACAAAGGAAAAAAGGGAGGAAAGAUAGAAAGAAUCAUAAGAAAAUCGAUCAAAUAGGGUGUCUGAAAAAAAUCUUUGUUUGCAAAUCCAAAAAGCCCAAGCAGAUUUUUGGAAGAGAAAAUCAGAAGAAAAUGUGUUGAAAAUGCAACAAAAAAAUUCCAUACCGAGAGAGAAAUAGAAAGUGAAGAUAUAAGGAGAAAGAAGCUCGAGUUCGAAAGAAGAUCGCAAAACGAUAUUUUGUUUUCUUUUCUGAGGAAAUUUUCUUCCACUUUCUCGAGCUCCAAACAGGUUGUGAUUUGAAUUUCAUUGAUUGAAUUUUGGAGAGACAAGUUUAAAUCUUUGAGCUUUGUGUUGCAAAGAUGCGUUUUAUAUUGGUGUCUGUGGGUCUUUCUGGAGAUAGUGGAACAUCUUUGGUAGGGUUAUGGAAAGUGGGUUCUUGGAAAUGGAGCAAAGACAUCCUAAUUUAGUUGGAGUUUUUGGGUUAAAGGAAGGUGUAUGUAUCUGCAUUUUUUGGUCAAAUAAUUUGGUUAUGGAUUUUCAGCGGUGAACAAUGCAACCGCCAAAUCAGCAUUUGCGGAUCAAUCUUACUGAGUUGAAAGCUCAGUUAAUAAAAAGACUUGGCCUUGAGAGAUCAAAACAAUACUUUCAUUAUUUGAAUAAACUGUUGAGCUUAAAGCUUAGCAAGGUUGAGUUCAAUAAGGUUUGUUUUCGCGUUCUUGGGAGAGAGAAUGUUAGACUACACAAUCUCUUAAUCUGCUCAAUAUUGAAAAAUGCUUGUAAUGCGAAAGUCCCGCCACAGCCGGUGACUGGUCAUGACAGUCAGCAAAUUGGGGAUGUUCUAUUGUCACCUCAGAAAGAAAGAUCCAGUGCAUCCGCUAGGCUUAAUGCCAAAUUUGAUUCUUCUUCUCAUGAAUCGACAAUAACUAAUCACAUUGUUGUAUCUGAGAAUGUGGAUCCGACUUCUCAUGAUACAUGGAAGCCGGUGCAGCAUCAUCAAGAAGUCUCGGGCAAAGCAGAUAAUGGAAGGGAUGUUCUGCUUCCCGACCCUGAGAAAUUACCUUUAAUGAAGGGAUCAGUUGAUGGUUUUCUUUCUGGAGAUAGCAGAGAUCAAAGUGAAGUAUUGGUUGUUGAAGAUGGAAAGGGGUCAUGUGCUAGAAGUUCAUUGCAAGCACCACUUGGAAUUCCAUUAUUCUCUGGUAGCAUUUCUGGGGCCCAAAGGGCUUUACCUUCUGCGAGGAGUGCUAGAUAUGCCAAGUCAUAUGAUAUAGGUGGAUUGCUUGACUCUGGGACACUGAGGGAACGCAUGCAACAAAUUGCUGCAUUGGAGGGCCUUGGAGGUGUGUCGGUGGACUGUGCCAAUAUAUUGAACAAUGGAUUGGAUGUCUACCUAAAGAGGUUAAUUAGGAUGAGCAUUGAGCUAGUAGGAACAAGGCAUGAAUGUUUUCUGGGAAAAAACAGCACAGUCAAGCAGCAUUCUUAUGGGAAGGUUGUUAAUGGUGUCUCAGCAAGUGACCAUAAUCAGGUUCAAAAUAGCAGUUGGGAUUUGGAAGGGAUAAAUGAACAUAGAUCCCACAAACUGAUUUCUUUGCUGGAUUUCAAGGUUGCAAUGGAACUGAACCCACAGAGGCUUGGAGAAGACCGGCCACUACUGCUUGAGAAGAUACACACGCAUCCCUUCGAGGAAUAACAUGUCAGGAACUUAUGAGUCUGUCAGAAUAAUUGCUUUGGUAACUUCAGGUCCAAAGGUUCCCAAAAGGAGAAAUAAAUUUUCCUGGGUAUCAAUGAUGCAUUGGAUACUCUUUUGUGCCCCUCUUGAUCAGGUACAGCCUUUAGGAUAAAACUAUGCCCCCUAAAAGAUGAAUUCGGAAAGGGAUAAGUAGAACAACGAACCCAUAUUUGGUUGCCCUGCUGUACCUUUAGCAUAAUUUUGGUUCACUCAGUUUUUUCUGUAAUUUAUAUAGCCCAUUAGGGAAUAUUAUUAUAACAGUUUUGCAGGAAUAAUAUUUUUAGCUUAGGAGGCAGACAAAAUUGCAUGAUGUAAAGUUCCAAUGUAUGUACUUGCAACAGUUACAUCCAGUUGGAAUCUUCACAUCAAAAGUUAUGCUCACUUGACCAUUCUUGCUAAUUUUAACCAUUUUCUUUACUAUUCAAUGAACUAAUGUCAUAUUUAGUUGUGUUGAU